CCAUGUAGAAGUAGAUUUGAUAUUAUGCUGAAUCAUCAUAUUAUAUUACAUUAUAAUAAUGUGUGACAAGUCCAUAUCGUUUCUUCCACAGACAUCCAUCCGACACUAUUUUCCCAAUGAUGGAGCAAUCUGCUCGACCUUGUCAAACAACCCAAGCAGCCCACCUGCAUGUGUGUAUGAAGAGGAUCUUUCUUCCUUCCCACUUCUUUGGAUUCUCGGCAAUGUCCUUCAGCAACCCAUAAGCAGCUUUGCCACUGAAAUCAAAUCACAUAAAAUUGAUUAUGUAAAACCUAAGAGGGUUGGAUAUAUGGUUUCUGAAGCGACAGACUGGAAAACUUCACUAAAUCAAUCCACAAAACCCAAACAUUCAAAUUUUCGAUUGCAGCCAGACCUCAGUGUUGUUGGGCAAAUUGGGAAGAUUCCAUUUGUGGAUUGGAGUGGGAAGCUGAGAGAAAAGUAGGAGUCAAUAAACAAACAGUGAUGCUGUGACCUGUGAGUAUUGACUACUGAGUGAUGAGAAUGGAGUUGAGGAAUUACGUGACCGAGAGAGAAGGUGUGGGAGGGGAUGGGGGUUGAUGUGGGAUGCCCAAGAAGGAGGGGAAUAUGGCUUCUUUGAGAGGAAGUCCAGCCCCAACCCCAGUCCUGCCAUUGUUUGUGAAGUGUUGAGUUCCAUUACUCCAUUAGUGAGUGAAUCUGAAAGGGUUU